AAAAAAUCGAGUUCUGCUGGCGCAUGCGCAGUUCAGUCCAGUCACUCCAGCUGUCAUUCCUCCUCACGCUUCUUGUGGCCGACAGUCGUGUCUGCCAACAUGGCUCUAAUCACAGGACUCUGUACUUUCUUGUACCACUUACCUCAGAUUUACAAAUGGUUGCUGAAGCCGUAUUAUGUCACCUCGUUCUUCAUGACCGUCGCCUUCCUGGUUGUCCGAAAGGCUCCGGGUCUCUGCGAGCACCUGGCGACCCAACGGGACGACGGCAACUCCUGCGACUUUGACUGGAGAGAAGUGGAGAUUCUCAUGUUUCUGAGUGCAAUAGUGAUGAUGAAGAACAGGAGAGCGAUCACACUGGAGCAGCACAUAGGCAACUUGUUCUUGUUCAGUAAAGUGGCCAACGUCAUCCUCUUCUUCAGGCUGGACAUUCGACUCGGCAUCCUCUACCUUUCAUUGUGUGUCGCAUUCGUCAUGACCUGUAAGCCACCUCUCUACAUGGGCCCCGAGUACAUCAAGUACUUCAGUGAUAAGACCAUAGAUGAGGAGCUGCAGAGAGACAGUCGUGUCACCUGGAUUGUAGAAUUUUACGCCAACUGGUCCUCUGACUGCCAGUCUUUCGCUCCAGUCUUUGCCGACCUUUCUCUCAAGUACAACUGUGCUGGACUCAGGUUUGGGAAAGUGGACAUCGGACGCUAUGGAGAGGUUUCACAGACGCACAGGGUUAGUACUUCUCCUCUGGCUAAGCAGCUGCCUACAGUGGCGCUGUUCCAAGGAGGACGGGAAAUUAUGAGGCGUCCAAUGGUGGACAAUAGAGGGAGAGCCGUGUCUUGGACCUUCAAUGAUGAGAACAUCAUUCGAGAGUUUAACCUCAACGAGAUCUUCCAAAAAUCCAAGAAGCUGAACAAAGGUCGUGAUUUGAAAGAAGAGGAGGAUCAAAACGACUCUCAGCCAGAGGAGGGCAGCGACGAGCUCCAUCCAGGAACCGACAACCCAGAGCAGCUCACAGAGAGCAAGAAAGACAAAUGAAGCGAGGAGGAUGAUUCAGAGAAGGGCUUCAUGAAGUCUUUCCUUUUCUUCCAACAUUGCCAUGCCUUACAUUAUUGCAAAAGAAUGUUAUGGAGAGAGAAAAAUAGAUUCAACUCUACUAGAUGUCAUCUCUACACUCCGUGUUUACUGUGGCAUAUGAAUACCCCAAAAACUGGAGCAUGUUUCCCUGGUCAGACUGGGUAUAACGUGGUGUGGCUUGAAUGCAGCCGCGCAAAAGACGAAGCAACAAUUUGGGGACAUUUUAUGACAGACCUUAAGUUAUUUUAGAACAAAUGCCUUUUUUUUGUAAUUGUUAUUGGCUACUUUUGGCAACAUCUCAUUGCUGCAUGUAAACUUUUGCUGCCUAUAUUUUGUAACUUAUGUGUUUACUGAUGUAUUUCAAAACCAAAGUUAAAAAAAAGUAAAUAAAAAUUAAAGCUCACACUGAAAUAAAAAAUUAAGAUUCAUGACACUUUCAGUUUUUCAUCAGUUUGACCUUUUUAUUCUGAGAAGACAUCUUUUUAAAAAUUCUUUAUAAGGCCAUUUUGGAAAUGUCUUUAAUGUACUCGUUACAGAUAUUUGUGAAACUCGUUCCAUUCAUCACAGCCCACAAUAGCAAUAUUUUAUCUCACAUAGAAGUAUACUUACUAUACCCACAUAGUCUCAAAUUGAUCAGUGACCACCAUCCUUGACCAGAGCAGGAAGAAAAGUAACACAGGUUCUUUUAUCUCUGUGCAACGGCUGCUUGUGCCAUUAAUGAUGCUUCUUUUCUUGUUACCACCCACACAUGAAGCAGGUGGCGAUGAAAAUAUUCUCACAAGUAUGCACGCCAGUGAAGCAUUCAGCACGACAAAAAGAACAAAAAAAGAAAACAACACAUGCAUACCGAAGACAGCCUGUAAGGGUUAAAAACUUGUAACACAGUCGUUUGGGUUGAACAAUGAUAACUUGUGUGCUUCAAGCGUGUCUGUUUCCCCCCAAAGACGUGCUACAAUCAGCCAGCUUUGACAUUCUCCUGCAAACUACUGUGGGCUUCGAUGGAAAAAAAUAAAAUGAACAAAAACUUCACUGUAAUGCCCAAACUCAAAUACACACCUAGCUUCUUGGAAUUAUUCCUUUCUCAACAUGGCUGUGAGUUUUUAAAGAAAAAAAGUACCAUUACAGAAGUUUUGAAAAAAAAAAACCUAUCAAAUCUUACAUUUUCUCAGAACAGUGUAAAAAAUAAAAACCAAUAGAAAAAAAAUACAUAUGCGCUUGCUACACUAUGAAUAGUUUCAAGGCCAAAAAAAAAAAAAGUCUACUUGCAAACCAGUCCCUCCUUAAAAAACUAUUUAGUGGCAUAUCGCAUUUACAGUUUCAUUGAUAACGUGUUUUUUUCCAUAAAAAUAUUCAUUCUUCUUCUUCUUCUUUUCUCAAUAAAAAGAGAACAAACUCGUAGAGAAACUGGUCUUAAAUUGUGUCCAAAACUACUACGUUGUCUUGUCUGGUGAAAUAAAUAAGCCCCAUCCCUCGCUGCCCCUAUUUGGCUGGCCAUCUGUUAAAGGUAUAAGGUUCUGCUAGCAUUUUGAUUGACUGACAAAACAUUACAGAAAGAAAGAAAAAAAAAAAAAAA